AUGCAUCACCGUAUCCUACGUCGCCUGGUUUCACCUCUUACGAAUUCCACUCCCUCUUUUUCAAUAUCCCGUCACUUUUCCGGAGUGAGACAGACAAAUCUGUUCAUUAACAACAAAUUUGUGCCUUCGUCAACAGGUGCAACAUUUGAUACUAUUAAUCCUGCGACAGAAGAGAUCAUUGCGUCUGUAGCGGAGGCUACUGCUGAAGACGUUGAUGCUGCUGUAGCAGCUGCUCGUACCGCUUUUAAUGGUGCAUGGCGUACCAUUGAUGCAGCUGAGCGUGGUCGACUUUUAUUCCGCUUGGCAGAUCUCAUUGAACAAAAUGGCGAAGAGUUAGCCGAUUUGGAAGCAUUGGAUGCAGGUAAACCACGAUUUCUAACACGUAUUGUGGAUGUAAAUGCUUGUAUCAACACCAUUCGCUAUUAUGCCGGUUUUGCCGACAAGAUACACGGCAAGACGAUCUCUAUUCCCGGACCAUACUUAUGCUACACAAAGGAAGAGCCUGUGGGGGUAUGUGGUCAAAUCACUCCAUGGAAUUAUCCAUUAAUCAUGAUGGCUUGGAAAUUGGGACCAGCUCUUACUACUGGCAACACUGUGGUACUCAAACCUGCCAAACAAACAUCAUUGACGGCUCUGCGUGUUGCUGAGCUCAUUGUCGAAGCUGGAUUUCCAGAAGGAGUCGUUAAUAUUGUUACGGGAGGUGGUUGCACUGUUGCCGCACACCUUGCGCAACAUCCAGAUGUAGACAAGAUUGCGCUUACAGGUUCUACUGAUACCGGAAUGAAGAUCAUGCGCACAUCACACGUUGACAAUCUCAAGCGCAUCAGUCUUGAACUUGGCGGUAAAUCUGCUAACAUCAUUCUCAACGAUGCUGACAUCGACGCCGCAAUCCAACAAUCACAAUUUGGUAUGUUUUUAAAUGCCGGACAAUUGUGUAUCGCUGGUAGCCGUGUGUAUGUUCAAGAGGGCAUCUAUGACGAGUUUGUACGUCGAUCGGGUGAAGCCGCUUCAUCGAUGAAAAUUGGUGAUCCACUCGACUUGUCCGUUCAACAUGGUCCGCAAAUUGAUCAAGUUCAGUUUAAUAAAAUAUUGCACUAUAUUGAGUCCGGGAAGAAGGAUGGUGCUCGUCUUAUUUGUGGUGGAAAGCGUUGGGGUGACCGAGGAUUCUAUAUUGAACCAACGGUAUUUGCUGAUGUGACGGAAGACAUGACCAUUGCUCGUGAGGAAAUCUUUGGUCCCGUCAUGUCAAUUUUCAAAUUCAAAACUAUUGACGAGGUUAUCAAACGCGCCAAUGAUUCCGAGUAUGGUUUGGGUGCAGGUGUUGUUACAACUAACAUUGACAAUGCUAUCAAGAUCUCUAAUGGUGUGCGUGCUGGUACGGUGUACGUAAAUUGUUACGCGGUGAUUGAAGCCAACACACCAUUUGGUGGGUUUAAAAAUUCGGGAAUUGGACGCGAGCAAGGAGAGCAGGGUCUGCGCAAUUACCUCGAAAGCAAGACAGUAAUUAUUAAGCGCCCCAAUGACUCCAUGCCAUAA